AUGCAUCCCGAGGACGUUAAAUCGAAAGCCUUCGUAUUGGAAUCGGUGCAGGAUACGGGUUUUGGAACGGGACAGCCAUACCUCAACCACCAGCAACAGCAGCAACAGCAGCAGCAGCAACUGUACCAGCAGGCCUUCCAGGAGCAACAACAUUUGCAUCCGCAGCAGCAGCAACAGUCAUUGUACCACCAACAGCAGCAACAGCAACAACAUUACCACCAACAACAACAACAGCAACAACAACAUCAACAGCAUUAUCAACAACAACAGCAGCAACAUUUCGUCCGUCAGACGGCGGCUUGCAUGUCGGUGCCUGCGGAGGCCGCGAAAUACGGUAACGCCGCAGCAAUCCGCAGCCAGCUGCCGCAGAUGGAAUGGGGCGACAAUCUGACACAGGUGGCAUCGGAUCGCGGGGUUGGCGUGGUGGUCGGCGGUUCGCCGCUUACCUGUCCGCCGACCGUCCUAAACUCGGCCGCUUCCAGUUCGCCGAUGGAUCUGGGUGGCCAUAGCCACCUUCAUCAGCAGCAGCAGGUGGACGUAGUUGUCGGUACCGCAGGCACCGGAUUCGUGCACGGGACACUUCCCUUCGCCACCGUGCUCGGUGGUGCGGAACAGCGCCGCACGUCCGUGGUACACGGCGGGGUGCAGCAGCAGCAACACCUAGUCCCGACACCAAAUCAGUAUUCGACGUUUCAUGAUCAGCUGUCCUAUGUCGGUGGUGGUGGCGGCGGUGGUUCUGGGGGUGGCCAGGCUACCCAGGCACACUUUGGAGUCGAACCGGGAGGAUACGGGACGGUGGUGCAGAGUAUGGUGCAGGGUAGCCCGGGGACCGUCGUCAUACGCACCAGCCCGAAUGCCUGCUCUCCACCCGGGGGCGGUGGCACUGCCGGUGGCGGCUCGGUUGUGGCUCUGGCGGCCACCGCUUACGGGCGCAUGGAACCGCUGGCACCGCAUCGAACUACGCCGACACAUGUCGCCUCAUUCAUGGGGACCGGUUCCCCCGGAGGCAUGCGGUUGAACGAUAUGACGGCGGCGGCGACGACGACGAUGCAAACCGGAAGCCCCGGGACGUCACUCCUGUCCCAGCGUGCCACCGGAGCACCGCUGGUCGUGCACGGUGAGUUCGUGUCACCCUCGCGCCCUGCCUCGUUCCCAUCGUCCGUCUCGUUGCCCACUUCGAGCCCGCACAGCAUGACGAUCGUGGCGAACGAUCCACUGAAGGGUGCCGCGACGCCUGCCUCACUGUACGGGGGUCCGAUCGAUGUUUCGCUUGAAUCAGAAUUUACGAUUCCAAAAGUGGAGACCGGCCGCAACAACCAACAGCAGCAACAGCAGCAACAUCAACAGCAGCAGCAGCUUGGAUUGUCGCUUCCUCUCACCACCGAUCCGUCGAUACACUCGGCGGCGCAGCGGGCCAACAGCAGCGGGCAGGCGGACGACGACGAGGGCGAGCAUGCCUCGGAGGACGAGGAUGGCUCGGAGGCCGACUCGGAGCCGCUGGAAGAAGUGAUGCCCACAGAUCCGCUCGCAACGGCUAAAACGGAAGCACUGGACGAAUGUUCCCUGGUGGUUGUGAAGCAGGACACGGUUUCCGAGCACCCCGGAGCGAUGUCCUCACUGGGUGGCGGCGGCGAGGUGGUGGUGGCCCCUCCGAAGCGUCCGGUCAAGCAUGUGCGCUUUGUUGAACCGGCCGAAGAAAACUCGUUCGACGGGAUGGCGGGGAAUCGUGCGCGGGGAACGGUGUCACCGCACCCCCUCGGCAUCCGCGGGGGCCAUGGGCGGGACGGGGACGAGGACGACGAGGAAAUGGAUCAUCUGGCGUUGAUGGAAAAUUUGCCGCCGGUCGAAAGUUUGCUGGUGGAAAUGGAUGGACCGCUCGACGAUGAAGCCGAGGACGACGAUGAUGACGACGAAGACGAGGAUGAUGGUGGUGGUGAUGACGAUGACGAUGAUGAUGACUAUGAUUUCGAGUGUGACCAGGGCAAACGUUCGCGUAAGCGGCGCACCCCGGCGUCUGGCCGGGGUCGUCCCGGUCGGGGUCAUCCCGCGACAUCGCGCCGCACGAAAAACGAUGAGUCGAUCGAGCUCGAACUGAUGGAACCGCUGGUUCCGGUGGUGGUCGAGAUGGGAGAGGGCGGCGAGAAGGCCCAGGACGGAGGACGGCUGUCGCCGGUGGCGCACGUUUGUCGCGUGUGCUUGUGCGAGGAAAAGGAGGGAGACUCCUCCGUUCGGGUACUGGAAUCGCUCUACUGUACGGUGGUGCCGGAGUAUCAGUCGCGUACCCUCUACUCGAUCCUGGUGGCCAUCUGCCAUCCGCUCAUGCUCGGCAGCAACGCCGGCAUGCCCGACCAGAUCUGCGGGACGUGCAAGGCGAAACUGUUGGCCGCAUACGAGCUGUACGAUACCUGUUUGCGCAACGACGAGAUGCUGCGCCGGAAGUACCAGCAAAAGCUGCUCAUCGCUUCCGGGACGACGCGCCGCAUCAAAAAGGAAACGCUCGACAAUCGGAACGGGGGCGACCAAGACCAAGAUGGCUACGAGCACGACGGAGUGAAUAUGCUGUUCUACGGAGGUACGUUGUCAACGCGCGAUUCCUCUAAACGGCCGGCGUUCAUGAAGGAUCACGCCAGCUUCAUGAUGGAUAAGCAGUAUCCGCUCACAAACGCGUACGCCAUGGGUCGUAAGCUGCACGCGGGACGCUCGUCGACGGUUUACCAGCAGCAGCAGCAGCAGCAACAGGCGACUCCCAAGAAGUGGAGCAAGUAUCCCCGGAGUCAACUGAAGUUCCCGCAUGUAGCAAACGGACCGGACGGCGGCGGGAUGCUGCAGCACCUGAACACUGACGGAAGUCGCCCGCCACCGACGCCGGGUGGCGGCAAGCAGACUGCGGCGAGUCGAUCGGCGGCCACCUUCUACGACUACAAUUCGUUCCACCGGUACAUGCCAAACGGGGCGCACCAGUGCACAAAGUGUUUGCGCGAGUUCAAGUACCACAGCUACUUCAAGAACCAUUUCAUCAGCCAGCACGAUCCGACCAAGCCGUACAAGUGUCGCAAGUGUCACUACACGUUCCGCAACGAGCGUUGGCUGAUCGUGCACAUGCGUUCGCACGUCUGCGCGAAUACGCUCAUCUCGAUGACGGCCGAGGGAACGGCUGGGUUCGAGGACAGUGCGACCGGCACCGAUGAUCUGCUGGACGAAUCCUCUCCCGCGCCCACCGGCGGAGCGGACGGAGAGUUUGCGUGCAAUCGGUGCGACAAAGCGUUCCCCAUCUUCGACCUUCUCAAGCGCCACAUUUUCGAGGAACACAUGAGUCCGCAGAGUCGUCGCAAUACGCUGCAGUGCCCGUACUGCCAGAGCCACUUCACCCAGCAGACCAGCUUCUUGCGGCACCUGAAACAGCACAGCAAAGAGAAGGCGGCUGCGGCGGCGGCGGCAGCGGCGGCCGGUGGCAGAGGUACGAGCGUGACGCCGACGCCGCUAAAGUGUUCCGUUUGUGAUAUUCGGUUCACGAAACGCGCUUCGUACGUUGAGCACCUGGAGCAAAAGCACGGUCUAAAGGCGCAGGAUGAGGCGCACGAGGAGGAUGAUGUCGCCGGAGGGGCAAAGCAGCCCGGAGGGCAGCGACGGGAGCACGUUUGUUCGGUUUGUUCGGCCGCGUUUGCCCGGGAGAGCGGGCUGAACGGGCACAUGGCGGACAAGCACGCGGAUGUGCUGCUGGCGGCCAACAGUGAGCUGGUGUACGUUUGUCGUGUCUGCUCGGCCGCCUUUCCGGACCGUUCCGUACUGCAGGAACAUGCCGAAACGCACAGCUACGCGGAACGAUCGGAAGCGGCGGCCACGAUAGCUGCCGAACGGAUGGACAGUGAUGUAAAGAGCGAACCCGCAUCCAAGACCCAAGACGGCGAUGGCGAUGGGGGCGGCGACGGCGAUGAGGAUGAGGAACGGCUGUCCGAGAAAGGGAUCAAACGAGAGAGUGGUCACGACGACAGUGGUGACCAGGAGGAGGACAGUAAGGCGAAUGUUGGCACAUCUUUGUCUGCGAAUGAGGGCGACCGAAAGGACUUGGUGAAGGGCGAGUUUGCAGACCUUCCGGAGGUGUUCUCCGAGUUUUACAAGUGUAAACUGUGUUUGGCCCGGUUUGCGAGAAAGGAUCUGCUGGCCACACACAUGGACACGCACCUGGCCGCAAUGAAGCGCGUCAGCUUCAAGCGAUCGUACUCCGAAACGGGCGAUGGCGACGAUCGUUUGCUAGGUGCCGUUGACGACGAUGACGAAAGCGGUGAUGAUGAAGAGGACGACGAUGAGACGGAGGGUGGCGAAGGGGCCGGCGGCAGUGGGGCACGGCAGCGGGCGCGUCACGGUAACGGCAGCACCGUGGACGAUGAAGGCGAAGAGGACGAAGGCGACGGGGAUGGAGAUGAGGACGAGGGCGAGGGUACGAUCGACCCGGAAGAGAUCUCCUUCAAUCAGGACACCGGCGAGCAGGUGUUCAUGUGCAAGGUGUGCAACAAGGUGGUCGGUACGGUGUCGCAGUUCCGGCGCCACAAGCGCGUCCACUCGACGAAAGGCCGUCCGUUCGAGUGUCAUAUCUGUUUCUAUCGGUUUGCGAUGAAAUACAGCUACACCGCGCACAUGCUGCGCCACGAGAUGGGCUGCGAUCCGACGCAGCCGACCCGCUACCGGUGCUCGAAGUGCCAGGAAUCGUUCACACGGCGCAAACUCCUGAACCAGCACGUGGUGAGCGCACACGGUGGCAGGCGCAUGAAAUCAGCCGCAGCCGGAGCGACCGGAACUGGUGGCCGAUGGGCGGUGAUGUCGAUGGCGGCGGGUGUUCUGGACGGUGGCGGCGGAAGCAACCCGGCCGCCGUAGGACCGGACGGCGCUAGCAGUGGGCGAGGUGGCCACACCUGUCCGAUCUGCUCGGAAACGUUCACACGCGAGAGUGUGCUGAAUGGGCACAUGAAGACGCACACGCUGGAGGCGGCUCAGAUGGCCCACUCGGAGGUGUGCUAUCUGUGCCGCGUCUGCAGCAGCGAGUUUGAGUCGCGCGCCCAAUACGUGGCGCACGCCGCCGAAGCUCACCCCGGUACGACGACGGAGAUGACGACGGAAUCGGGCGAUGGGUCGGCGAUCGGUGCGGACGAGUUGCUAAACGAGACCGCCGAUUCUUCCCUUGGCGGUGGCGGUCUAGAUGGCACCAAGGACACCUCCCUGGGUGGAUCGCCCAACGUAGCGUUAACGAUGCCGGCCACCGGUGGCAACGGUGGAGGUUGCACGCUGAUCUACAAAUGCAAGCUUUGCUCCGGGCGCUUCAUGAAGAAAAAGUCACUCGACUGGCAUUUGAAAACGCAUCGAUCGAUCGUACAGCAAGGGGACGGAGUGGCCAUGCUGCCUGAUAUCGGACCGGACGUCGAGCAGUCGAAGAUCUUCAAGUGUCCCGUUUGCCCGCAGAUGUUUGACAAUGAAGUGAUCUACAGCGAACACGCGCGCACCCACCAGCGCGGUCGUCCUUCGCGUGCUGUCCAGUCGCUCCCACCUGCCGGAUACACGCCACCGCCCACGAAGCGCAAGCGCUCGUCCUGGGGCGGCAUCAUCCAGUGUCAUUUGUGUAAGAAAACGUUCACCUACCGCAGCCAGCUGCACCAGCACACGGUCCUCCACCACCAGCCGGGUAAGCCGUACGAGUGUAAAAAGUGCCACUACAGCUUCGUCCACGAGCUGAACCUAAAGCGCCACGAGCUGACCCACCUGCACGACAAACCGGAACCGCCGGAGGCUGCGGCAGCGUCGUCGUCUUCGAGCGUCGUCGGAGAGAUGACGAUGCUGGAUCAGGACGAUGAUCAACGUCACGAUCAGCUGGUUGAAGAUAACUCCCACCUGCUGCAGCCGCUCGUGUUGCUCGACGGCCCGGAAGACGAGCCGGCGGCCGGCGGUGGACGGGGAGACGCCGACGGCGGUAACCACGAGACGGCCGGUUCGUCCUCCAACGAUGGGACCCGCGGGACGUGGGGGGCGAAGAAGAAAGUGAAGUGCGUGAUCUGUGCGGCCGUGUUCACCAACCAGAACGAGCUCGUCGUCCACCUGCAGACGCACAUCGAGCGGAUUAACGAUGUGCGGAAACGAAGUGCCCCCCCGAUCGUGAUGCCGCCCGACACGGGCUAUACGGCGAACGAUCGGCAGUGUAAGCUGUGCCACAAGGUGUUUAAGUUCAGCUGCCUGCUCAAGCAGCACCACCAGCUGCACCAUGCCCGGGAGAAGCCGUUCGAGUGUCGCACCUGCCACUACCGGUUCGAGUACAAAGGCCACCUGGUGCGCCACCGGGCCAACCAUCACCCGAACGAACCGAAAGACUUUGAAGCGGGCGGACCGGGGACAUUCGUCACGUCGACCCCGAACCGUGCCUCACCGGCCGUCGGUUCCGGGCGACGGUCGGGCGCGGCAGCAGCGGCGGCGGCUCAUGCUGCCGCGACCGCUGCCGCCGCCGCGGCAGCCGCUGCAAUGCUGGUGGCCGACGAUGGCACCAUGGGCACGGUCCCGAAGUACGGUGGCAUGGUGACGGACGAGGUGAUCAUUGCGCCGACGACGACGACGUCGCGAUCGGACACCGGAGUCCCGACACACCAGUGUCCGAUGUGUUCCUUGAAGUUCAUCAAAGCACGAUCGCUGGCGAUGCACAUGCGGAUACACCUGGGCGGUCGGAAGCUGCGGCGCGUGAUUCCGGCGACGGCGGCUCCCGCCGUGGUAACGCAGCCCAUGGUAUCGGGCGGUGACCAGCGCGAAGCCCUUGUGUGCCGCAUCUGUUCCGGAGCGUUCCCGACGACGCACGAACUGAAGACGCACAUGAUGACGCACCUGGGCAGUGAGGCGAUGGACCUGGAGGUGCCGUUCGGGAUCAGUGCGUUCAACAUGCUGCACGAGGACAUGUUUAACGAUUCGCUCGAUCAUCACGGGGCCGGAUCGUCUAGUGGCGCCGGGGGUAGCGGUGCCGGCAGUGCGGCCGGUACCAGUGCGGGUAAUGGGGGAGCAGGCGAGGAACACAGUAGCAGCGUCGGUGGUGAAGGUGGUAGUAGUCGGGCAGCGGAUGGCGGCAGCUCGGAUGGCGACUAUCAGCAGGAAGGUGACGAUGCAAGCGGAGGCGGUGAUCCACUCUUCGAUGGUUCGAACCUGGAGCUGGUGCUGGAAGAUAAUAUCUUCGAUAAAGAUUUUAACUUGCGCUAUCAGCAACAACAGCAGCAACAGCAGGCUCAGCAGCAGCAGGUUCAGCAGCAACAGCGGCGCCUGAAAGGUCACAAUGCCACCGGCGAGGCCGAUGAUGACGAGGGUGAUGAGGAUGACGAUGAUGACGACAACGAGGACGAUGCAACGGACGCGAAUGAUGUGGACGGAGCAGAGGACGACGAUGAGGAAGGGGAACAGUCGUCCGCUUCGAUUGCCAGCUUCCGGCGGACCAUGAACAUGAGCAUAAUGGAACGCGCAACGCCUCACAGUGGCCGUGCGCGACAUUCGGCUCGUUCGACCGCGCUGGGACGGGCGCAAGGGUCAGCGUCUUCCAGCAAGAGCAAGAUUCAGUGCGAGCUGUGCAAGAAGGAGUUUCUCUAUCCGUGCAAUCUCAACCAGCACAUGCAGCUGCACCACUCGAAGGACAAACCGCACGAGUGUCGCGUCUGUCACUAUCGCUUCGAGUACAGUGGCCACCUGCAGCGGCACAUCCGCCAGCAGCACGAGGCGAUAGCCGAGGAGCUGCUGGAGCCGGUCGAACCACAGUCGUUCGAUUGCAACUUCUGCGGCACUUCGUACGACACGAGAGCUCUUCUGACAGCCCACGUUCAAUCGCAACACAAGGGAGAGAAACCGUUCCAGUGCGACCAGUGUCCGGCUACGUUUAGCUACAAGAAAUCCUACGAAACCCAUCGAGAGGAACAUCAUUUGAAGGCCAACAAUGGAGCCUUCAAGUGUAGUUUCUGCAAGAAAACCUUUAACAGCGCACAAAAGGUAGACAACCAUGUUUGCAUUCAAUAGUGACAACUGCAACCGAAACACCAUUACGCGACGCACGUAAAGAUGAGCGCACGACGAGGCGCGACGGG